AUGGACGGAUACCACUUGGUGAUGGCAAGAAACAAAGUGGGAAUGUGGUACAAUAACGGAUACCACUUGAUGGAAAGAGCGAACCAGAUGGGAUUGUGGUAUAAAAGACAAAUACCACUUGAUAACAAAAAGGGAAUGUGGUACAAAGGACCAAUACCACCUGAUGAAGGCAACAAACCAAAUGGAAAUAAGUUGGAUCUGCUUAGUUUGUCAACUGAAAUGAAACAGAUCAAAGAACACUCCGAACGACAGUCCGAAAGACAGACAGAAGAGUUAAAACAACAGAUCAAGGAACAGUCAGAACAGAUCAAAGAACAGUCCGAACGACAGACAGAGGAGUUAAAACAGAUCAAAGAACAGUCCGAACGACAGUCCGAACGACAGACAGAAGAGUUAAAACAGAUCAAGGACCAGCUAAAACACGUAAAAUUGGAAAUGGCAGAACAGAUUGAAGAACAGUCAACAAGAAUAGAAAUGAUCGAGCAGAAACUUGAUCGUCAGACCGUUGAGGUAGAUCACAAGAUAGACAAAUUGAAGCGAGAAUUGGAGCAAUCCAAAAAAAUGGCCAUGCCGUUAGAUCACGCAUCCGGAAGAACUUUGAAGGUACCAGCAUUUGACGGAGAGAUGUCCUGGAACUUUUAUAAAACCCAGUUUGAAGCAGCGGCAACUAGUAACUGUUGGAACGGAAAAGAACGAGCAACAGCACUGAUACUGGCCCUGCGAGGUUCAGCAGCAGAGGUUCUUCAGACGAUUCCGGCGGAGAACCACUUCAACUAUGAAGUUCUGGUUAGCGCGUUGGAUUUACGUUAUGGUGAAGAACACAUGAAACAGAUUUAUCGGUCUCAGCUUAGAAACAGGACGCAACGAUCUGGCGAAUCCAUUCAGCAGCUAACACAAGAUAUCGAACGGUUGACAUUACUGUCGUAUCCGACAUCAGACCCCGAGCAUAGAGACGAAACUGCCCUGGAUACGUUUAUCCAAGCCCUCCGUGAUUCGGAACUCAAGCAAUCCCUUCUCUUGUCAGAUAAACGAAAACUCAAGGAUGCCGUUGCGCACAGUCUCACUUUUGAAUCGACAAAGCAAGCAUCAAAAAGUGACAUAACUACUGCCGAAAUUGCGCGACAAGAUGGCGCAAAAGAAGAGAAGAUGAUCCUGUAUCACGAUCGGCCUCUUCUAACGAGGGGGCGGAAAACUAAUAAGAGCCAACUUUGUGGGGCAGAGCAAAAUAAUUGUAUGUACAUCAUUUGGUUUUUCGAUAUCGAUGUUGGAAUCACUAGCCGGAAUCGAAUUGUCCCUAAGGCAAAUAUAUUUUCUAACACAAAUGUCAAUUCGCUAAAGAACAACGAUGUGACCAACUUUGAACCCGGUCAAUAG